GAAAAGUUGCAACGUAAAGAGCUUUAUCAUGGAAGAAAAAUCAGCUUCAAGCAAGAUUUCCACAGAAGAUAUUAUGAAAACCGACAUGGGAUUAAUAUUGCAAAGUAGAGAGCUCUAUCAGUAUAUCUUGGAUACCAGUGUGUACCCGAACGAGGCAGAGCUUCUUAAGGACCUACGAAAGAUUACUUCCACACAACCAAGAAAUCAUAUGCUCUGUGCAGCAGAUGUAGGUCCAUUAUUAUCUAUUCUUCUAAAGCUUGUUAAUGCAAAGAAAACAAUUGAGAUUGGAGUUUACACGGGAUACUCACUACUUCUAACAGCUCUUUCGCUUCCGAAAGAUGGCAAGAUUAUAGCCAUCGACCCUGACCGAGAAAUGUUUGAGUUAGGGUUACCUAUCAUCAAAAAGGCUGGGGUUGAACAUAAGGUGGAAUUUAUUAAUUCCCCUGCUCUUCCUUUUCUUGACAAGCUACUUGAAAAUCCCAAAAAUGAAGGGUCAUUUGAUAGUGCAUUUGUGGAUGCGGAUAAGGUUAACAACAUGAAUUACCAUGAGAGGUUAGUGAAAUUGGUCAGGGUUGGAGGAAUCAUUUUGUAUGAUAACACAUUAUGGGGAGGAACUGUUGCUUGGAAAGAUGAUUUUGCACUUGAUAACCGCAUGAAAACUAUUCGAGCUGCUGUGAUUGAGCUUAAUAAGUAUUUAGCUUCUGAUAAUCGAUGUCAGGUAUCACAAGUUCCAUUAGGGGAUGGCCUCACUAUUUGUAUGCGUCGUUAUUGAUUGUUGUGUUAAC